AUGACGGUCAUCAUCCGGAAGGUGGGCCCGACUUUGUUUCUGGGAGCGCUGGUCAUAUCGUGGGGAGCAAUUCUCGUAGGGAUGGGAUUCGUCAAGAAUUGGAAGCAAAUGGUCGCAAUCCGUGUGCUCCUUGGUGCGUUGGAAGCAGGUUACUUCCCGGGAUGUGUGUACCUUCUCUCAAGUUGGUACGUCCGAUAUGACAUCCAAAAACGAUACUCGGUCUUUUACCUUAUCGGCUGUGUGGCAUCAGCACUAGCCGGGGUACUUGCCUUUGGUCUGAUGCAGAUGGGAGGCAUUCAGGGCAUAUCAGGGUGGAGAUGGAUAUUCAUAAUGGAGGGCGUGAUUACGGGUGUUAUCGGACUGUUGACCUUUGUCUUCAUGGUUGACUUUCCCGAAAAGGCACACAAGUCCUGGAAGUUCCUGAAUGAGAGGGAGAGUGCAUUCAUCGUCCGACGCAUCAACCGAGACCGUGCCGAUGGUAAUGGAGAGCCAUUUACCUUCAAGCGAUUCUUCAUUCCAGCUCUCGACCUGAAAAUCUGGGGGUUCGCGUUAAUUUGCCUAUGCAGCACAACCGGGGCAUACGCCAUCGCGUAUUUCCUCCCCAUCAUCCUUCAAGACGGAAUGGGCUUCAGCACCGGCGCCGCACAGUGUCUGGUUGCACCUCCCUACGGCUUCGCGGGUAUCGUGAUGUAUACAACAGCCUGGAUAAGCGAUCGGUAUCGCAUACGGGGACCAAUCGUGGCGUUCAACGCCGUAGUCGGCAUCAUCGGCCUUCCGCUGAUGGGAUUUGCUAAAGGCAAUGCAGCGCGAUACGUGGGAGUAUUUCUGGUGGUCGCGGGGGCGAAUUCCAAUAUCCCCGCUGUCAUGGCCUAUCAAGCCAACAAUAUCCGGGGCCAGUGGACGCGCGCGUUUUGCAGUGCGACACUAAUUGGAGUAGGAGCUAUUGGUGGUAUCCUCAGUAGUUUGGUGUUUCAGUCGAAAGAUGCGCCUGGAUAUAGACCGGGGAUAUGGACAACUAUUGCGUGA